GGGAAGAAUCGAAAUUCGAUUGUGAAAGCUCAUCAAGCUCUAGUGAAUCCGAAGAUUCACCUAUUUCAAAAUCAAACAUUCAAAAUUGUAAGGAAGUUUUUGAUAUUGUAUAUUAUAAGAUCUCAAUUUACUUUUAAUUGUUUGCGUUUUAAAUUAAUUGCAGUUACUGACAUAACUGACUUUAUCGAAAGUAUGGAGAAAAGAUUAAUGGGAUACAUAGAUGGAAAAUUUUUAAAUCUGUUACGUCGAAUCCAGUAUGAUAUUAGUCAACGAACCCAAGUAAUUUUGAAAAUGGUGAAUCAGGUUGGAGUUGGAUCCCAAAUUAAAUCUUUUUUAGAAAACCCUUCAAUGGAUGAGCUUCCAAUUGAAUCAUUGGAAGAUUUUCUAAAGUUUGACGAAAAAUUAAAGAAUAGCACAGAUUUGCAAGAUAGUUUGAAAACUCAAAUUUUGCGAGAGAUAGCUGGUGCAACAAAUUUACGCGAUGCUGUAAAAUCCAUCAUGCCCAAAAUUAUAAAAAAAGAUGUGCAGCAAAAGUAUUCCGGAAAAGGAAAAACGAUAAAGGGGAAGGGGAAAUUGAAUUUUUCCAAAACAAAUACGUUUUCCUGUAUUAAAGGUAAUUUCGAAAUUUUUUCCCUGUUAAACUAAAAUUUUGUCAAUUGUUUUUACAAAAUAUAGAAAAUUAAAUUAGUUUUGAAUCCUUAUUAAUUAAAGUUACUCUCCAAAUUAAAGUCACUGUAGUUUAUUUUUUAUAAUUGACACUUAUUACAUUUUACAGCUGCAACGCUUUUUAAACUCGAGGAAACGAAGGAGAACGAUUUGAGCAGUGCCAUAGGAAUAUGGUUGUCCCAAGCUGGAGACAGGGAAGGAGGAAGAAAAGAGAGAGCGUCAACAAGUAAAGAAUUGCCGACAGAGAAUACAAAUAUCGAAGAAAAUCAAACUGAAGAUGGAGAAAUUACAGUUGAGAUGAAUGUAGAUGAAAAUGUCUGAUUACUUUAAUUCAUUUAAAUUCA